AUGGACGCCAGCGGGUACUGGGAACAGCUGUCCUACGUUGAAGGUGGUCCGAGUAUGAGUAGUGGGCAGCCGUCAAUGAACGCUCGGUUUUUCGAUGACGAUGACGACGAUAGUGACGACUUUGCCAACAGGCGACGGGUGGCGAGUGAUGACAGCCAUAAUAACCUGAUUGCCGGCGACACAAGCACCGCCGACCAUCCUAACUUGGACCAAACACAGAAGAUCUACUACAAAAAGGGCUUGGAAGAGCUAGACUCGCUCCAGUUGCUUGAUCUCUCGCCGUUGGCCAACUGGAAGCUUUCUAGCUUCAAGCCUGGGUUUGGCCUCGAUCAGCUACGAGAUGAUCUGCCAGAUACUUUCUGGCAAUCAGAUGGGUCUAACGGUAAUCCUAAUGCUAAUGCCAACUCCAUAGCCAUGGCUAAUAAUCAAUUGACUCACCCUCAUUCGAUCACUAUCCAGUUCGCGAAGAAAGUGCUGUUGGAAAGAAUCUCAAUCUUUACCAAUUUCCUACUCGAUGAAAGUUACACUCCGUCCAAGAUCCGGAUCAUGGCGGGGUCAUCUGAUAGUUGGGACUUGACGGAAGUGUGCACUGUAAGUUUCAAUAAGCCGGUAGGGUGGUCACACAUCAUAUUCAAUGGCAUACGUGGCGACGGUGUGCUCAAAUGCUUUAUCGUCAAGAUUGUGAUUUUGGCUAACCAUCAGGAUGGGAAAGAUAGCCAUAUCCGCGCCAUUCGGUGUUUUGGAAAGAAAACCGUCCAGCUGACUCGAGAUAUUUCCGCUGCUGCCACCGCGGCUAGUGGUAGUGAUAUCCUCAGAGAUAUGAGUUUAGUAUCGGGGAUGUCGAAUCUAUCGGGAGUGCUGCUCAACCAUCAAAUCAUGGGUCCACCAUUAGCUCACUCAAUUGGUAGUACCAGUGGUGAUGGCGGAGAGUUGGAAGAGGAAGGCGAUGACGAGACUCAGCGGAUCCUUGGUAACGUCAAUGACGUUAUUGGACUUAACUCGGGUUUCCAAAGCGUUGAGCUUCGUCUGAUGCUGUCGAUACGUUAA